GUGACUGGUGCGCGGCUCUGUAAGACACAAAGCCACGCCCAUCUUCAUGAACGUUUUGAGGAAGUCCCGUGACGACCAGCCAAUCAGCUGCUCCACCUCCUGAUGUCAGGCAACGACGACGAAUGGGGUUGACGUGACAACAGAGAUGGACGGGAACCGUAAGGAUUUUUACAUCGGUCUCUCUCUGGCUGUGAGCUCCAGUGUUUUCAUCGGUACAAGUUUCAUCCUAAAGAAGAAAGGCCUGCUGCGAUUGGCCAGCAAGGGUUCAGUGCGAGCAGGUCAAGGAGGGUAUACUUACCUGAAAGAAUGGCUAUGGUGGGCAGGACUUAUUUCAAUGGGAACUGGAGAGGCCGCCAACUUUGCUGCAUAUGCAUUUGCUCCGGCCACACUGGUGACUCCUCUUGGAGCAUUGAGUGUACUUGUAAGUGCGGUGCUCUCCUCUUACUUUCUGAAUGAGAGGCUGAAUGUGCAUGGGAAGAUCGGCUGUUUGCUGUGCAUCUUGGGCUCCACAGUGAUGGUGAUCCAUGCCCCACAGGAAGAGGAGGUUGUCUCCCUCAGUGCUAUGGCUGAGAAGCUCAAAGACCCAGGUUUCAUUGUGUUUGCUGUGUGCGUUGUUGGAAGCAGCCUGGUUCUUAUCUUUGCCGUGGCUCCGCGGUUUGGACAGAAGAAUGUGCUGGUCUACAUCCUGAUCUGCUCUGUGAUUGGCUCCCUGUCUGUGUCUUGUGUCAAGGGCCUGGGCAUUGGCAUUAAGGAGCUGUUUGCUGGGACAGCAGUGCUGAAGGAACCCCUGUUCUGGUCCUUACUCAUCUGCCUGGUAAUCUGUGUCAGCGUUCAAAUCAGUUACCUGAACAAAGCCCUCGACAUCUUCAACACCUCCCUAGUCAUUCCCAUCUACUACGUCUUCUUCACCACCUCCGUCAUGGCCUGCUCAGCCAUUCUCUUCAAGGAGUGGUUGAGAAUGACCACUGACGGAGUAGUUGGAACAAUCAGUGGGUUCCUCACCAUCAUUUUUGGGAUCUUCCUCCUCCAUGCCUUUAAAGACAUUGUAUUUAGUUUUGAGUCCCUCCCUCUCUUCCUGAGGAAGGGUCCUCAGGGCUUUCCAUGGGGGCCCCAGUCUUAUGUGGCUCUUCCCAGCCACGACACACAAGCAGAGGAUGAGGUAAAACUGCCCAGAGAGGGAAGCUCUAAGGGGGGGUGGGGUACGCACCAGAGAACUCCUUAAGGAUAGUCUUUCCACUAUUGACAAAAAAUGCUUAUAACAAUCCUAAAGCUUUACUGCACAUCACAGCCAUACAAUGUGAGAAAUUAGUUACUAAUAGUCAUGUUAUAGUUUUACAUAAUGCAGUAUGCACUGGAUGAACAUAGUUGCCUUAAGUGAGAAUAAUAUUCUUGUCAGCAUACUGGAUUUUAUAUUAAAUGUUUCCUAGUUCAACAUGAUGGUGAAUUCACUUUAGUAAAAAAGAAAAGCCAGAUAGAAUUAUGAUCUGAAGUAUAAUGUAGGUUAUAACUAAUUUGUUGCACUGCUCUGUACAUUUUGUAUUGUUUAUAGUAUAUUAAGUUUAAAAAUAAUGAACAUUGAAUAGCCUGCAUAAACCAAGUGUGCCUUGCUACUGUAAACAAUAACCGUAUUCAUAGGUUAGCACUUUUAAAUAAGCAUAUAUUGAACACAUUUAUGAUUUAUAGACAAUGCAAAAGCAAGAACAAAAACUACCCUGAAUGCAUUUCAAUCAUCCGUUGAUGAAGUUUGAGUAAUACUUUGACCUGUUACUGUAAUACCUCAUUAUUGUAUACAAACUGCACCAAAGAAUGUUUUUUUUCCCUGUGUGGAUUAACUUCCAGCAUGUGCCAAGCUGUUACAUAUCUAUGAUGUAAGAGAACUUUGUGUGUGUUUCAUAAUGCAGAUUAAAAACACAGCUACAACAUGA